AUGCUCAUGCGACUGGUACAAGCAGGCGCUGAUCCAAAAAUACGGAACAAUUUGGGUCAAUUGCCAGAGGAAAUAGUUCCAACUACAGUUGAACGGGAAAUUGCGAGCUGGAACAAUGAGCUUGGCAAUGCAAGGUUUACAGAUAGCAUCGAGUACCCUUCUCCUCGAUUUGCUCAAAGACACUGGUCAGUGGACUCAAACGGAUUCAAUUCAAAUGGGUCCUCCAUUGAAUCACAGAAUUCAGGAAGAAAUUCGCCUUGCAGUAUCAUCUCUCUUAAUGAAAAGACAAGAAUACCAGCUUAUCGAUUCGCAGACGAUUUCCGAGAUACCUACUGUCCAUCUUCAACUGGAGAAGAGAGAGCCAAGGAAGGAACUAUCGUUGUCGCCAAUAAAGAAGAUCUGACGCCGAUUUCCCGAUUCAUCGCGAGGUUUGUUGAUUACAUAGAAGACAUCGCCAUCGCAAGCUGCAAGAUCGAAAUUAUCAGGGCUGCAGCUAUUGUUAUUGAUCCGCUUUUUGAUGCCUUGGAGGGUGAUUUAUUGCCGAGCUCUAACUGGGAUCUCACAAUUUUACCCUUGAACUCUACCAUCGAUCCAUGUGCCUUUGCUGACAACGGGACCAAAAUGAACAUCAUGAAUCGAGCUGUCAAAAUCAUCAACGCUGUUGACUGGGUUGAUGAUCAAUUUGAUUUUAUCGAGCUUUUCUGGAAGGUGUACGGUCAGUUCUUUUCAAUUUAA